UGCUCUCUAUCUCUCUCUCUGAGUUGGGCCAGUUCCCCUUCCAAUAACAGCGAUAUCGUGGACGUCUGCGCCUCUCUUCUACCAAAUCUACACCCAAAAUAGCAAAAAUAUAUCAGCGAAAGUCACUCAAAAACCCUAAUUUACCUCUAUCCGAUCUCUCUCUCUUACAUUUCGUUGCCAUCUCAGAGUGACAAUUCGAACCAAUUUCGUUCUCAUGGCUCUCAUCUGAUAUACCUGAUUUUGGGGACGAUUUGUGGGGCGAGGUGUUUCAUUGAACCGGCAUGAAGCGAGAAUUGGCUUGUGUAUUGGAGGGCCAGUCUCAGCUCACCGAUUCACUGGCUGGGACUCAGACCGAGUCCCAGACGAGUCCUUGUGUGCGGGUUUAUGAGAACCUCAACUUUAAGAGGUUUAAAGGUGCUGUUGUGAAUGGUGUAAUUGUUUAUACCCGAGAAAGAAGGUCUCGGAUCAAUGGCCGAAAUGCGUUUUCCGAUGAUGCGGAAAUAAAUGGGCUCAAGAGCUCGGAUGAGCUGAGACUUGAUGAAAGCCCUUCUCCUCAGGGCUCUGAAAGGGGCGAAUCAGUUGAAUUUGUAGUUAAAGAUGAACCAAAUUGCAAAUUGGAGAUGCGUAGGUGUAGUGGAUAUGGGCCCUACAGUGAGCUCUCAGGGCCUUCGGUCGAGGAGCAUGAUAUGGAAGCGGACUUGGUUGAAGUUGAAGUUAAAGAUGAGCCUAGUUGUAAUGAGGGGGAAACGGAUUUGCAAGGCCGGCCAUUGAGGCGGUUUACGCGAUCAGCAUUGAGACCUACGUUUGAGCCUACUGUGGAAAGUGCAUCAGGGGCCGUGCCAGUUGAAGUGAUUUCAAAUAUAGAGGAGGAUGAUACAUUUGGAGUCAGCACACUGGCAUCCCCGCUGAGGAAUAAGCUUGAACUGAAAAUGUCAAAGAAGAUUGUGUUGGACAGGAAGCCUACGACGGUCAAGGAGCUCUUUGAGACUGGAAUGGUUGAUGGGGUGCAGGUGAUUUACAUGGGUAGCAAGAAGGCAUUUGGUUUGCGGGGCAUAAUAAAGGAUGGUGGGAUUCUAUGUUCAUGUAUCUUGUGCAACAACUGCAGGGUUAUUCCACCAUCCCAAUUUGAGAUUCAUGCUUGUAAAACAUACAGACGGGCAGCACAGUAUAUUUGCUUUGAGAACGGAAGGAGUCUGCUUGAUCUCUUGAAGGCGUGCAGAAAUGCUUCUCUCCAUACUUUGGAGACAACAGUUCAGAAUUUCAUCAAUUCUUCACCUGCGGAGAAGUAUUUCACUUGUAAAAAUUGCAGUGUGUCGUUUCCUCCAUACUGUGCUCUGGAUGAUGGAUCUCUCUGCUAUUCUUGCAUGGAGUCAAAGAAGCCUGAGUGCAGUCCAACUCAUGAACCUGGUGAUAGUCUCAGAUCUUUGAUGCCUGUUUCAAUCUCGAAGUCCCUGAAGAGUGCAAUCCCAAAGUCCCCGAAAACUGGAAUCACAAAGUCCCCGAGAAUUGGAAUCACAAAGUCCCCGAGAAUUGGAAUCACAAAGUCCUCGAGAAUUGGAAUAUCAAAGUCCCCGAGAAUCGCAAUCUCUAAAUCCCCGAAAAGUGCAAUCAUAAAACCCCUGAAAAGUGCAAUCUCAAAGACCCUGAAAAAUGCGAUUUCAAAGUCCCCCAAAAGUGCUCCAGUCUGUUUGUCUUUGCAAAAGAAGAGAAAGUCAUCACCGCCAGUUUUGUUAUCAGAUCCCUCCGGAAGUGCUUCUCCAAUGUGUUCGCCUUAUAAGAGUAGAUGGAAGAUAACACCAAAGUCAUCAAAAUCAAUUCUGAUCUCAAGGUCUCCCAGUCCUGCUUCAAUGUACUUUUCUUCACAAAAGAAGAGUCAGUGGAGGAUUACAACAAAAGAUCAGCGGCUGCAUAAGUUGGUUUUUGAGGAAGAUGGAUUGCCUGAUGGAACGGAAGUAGCAUAUUAUGCACGCGGACAGAAAUUGCUAGUUGGUUAUAAGAUGGGCUUUGGAAUAUUUUGCCGUUGCUGCAACUCUGAGGUUAGCCCCUCACAGUUUGAGGCUCAUGCAGGUUGGGCUUCACGCAGGAAACCCUAUGCAUACAUUUACACAUCUAAUGGCGUGUCUCUCCACGAGUUGGCAAUAUCUUUGUCGAGAGGUCGGAAAUAUUCAUCCAAGGAUAACGAUGACUUGUGCAUCAUUUGUGCAGAUGGUGGGAAUCUUGUGCUUUGUGAUGGAUGCCCAAGGGCUUUCCACAGAGACUGUGCAUCUCUACCAAAUGUUCCUCGUGGUGACUGGUACUGUAAGUUCUGCCAGAGUAUGUUCCAAAGAGAAAAGUUUGUGGAACAUAAUGAAAAUGCUGUUGCCGCUGGAAGGAUUUCAGGAAUUGACCCUAUAGAACAAAUAACCCAAAGAUGCAUUCGUAUUGUCAAAGACAUAGAAGCUGAAUUGACUGGAUGUGUUUUAUGUAGAGGUUAUGAUUUUAGCAAAUCAGGAUUUGGUCCACGAACUAUUAUACUUUGUGAUCAGUGUGAGAAGGAAUAUCAUGUUGGCUGUUUAAAGAAACAUAAAAUGGCAAAUUUAAAGGAAUUGCCAAAGGGGAAGUGGUUUUGUUGCGUGGAGUGCAGUAAAAUUCAUUCUAUUUUACAAAAGUUGCUAACGAGAGGAGCUGAGAAGCUUCCCGACUCUCAUUUGGAUGUUAUAAAGAAGAAGCAGGAAGGAAAUGGUUUGGAAACUGUCAGUGGAUUAGAUGUGAGAUGGAGACUUAUUAGUGGCAAAAUUGCUUCACAGGAAUCUCGUUUAUUACUUGCACAGGCUGUUGCUAUCUUCCAUGAUUGCUUUGAUCCUAUAAUUGAUUCAGAAUCUGGGCGAGACCUUAUUCCAGCCAUGGUUUAUGGAAGGAAUGUUAGGAGCCAAGAGUUUGGGGGGAUGUACUGUGCAAUACUGAUGGUCAACUCAACUGUGGUAUCAGCUGGAAUUAUUCGUGUUUUUGGUCAUGAAGUCGCUGAACUUCCUUUGGUUGCUACAAGUAAUGGUAACCACGGCAAGGGCUACUUCCAGUUGUUGUUUUCCUGCAUUGAGAAGCUGCUAGCCUUCUUGAGUGUGAAGAGCCUUGUGCUGCCAGCUGCUGAAGAAGCAGAAUCCAUAUGGACUGAAAAAUUUGGUUUUACAAAAAUAAUGCCGGACCAGCUUACCAACUACAGAAGGACUUGCUACCAAAUGGUGACCUUCAAAGGAACAUCAAUGCUACAUAAAAAGGUUCCUGAGUGUCGGGUUGUAAAUACACUAUGAGAGCAGGGGGAAAAUGAAAGAGCUUUUUUUCUUUUUCCUUAUCCUUAUUAGCAAGCUUUUAGUUUCCAGUUCAUGUUUGUAAAAUUUUAUGAAUUGGAAUUGUCAAGCCUCUGCUGUUCAUAUCAACAUUUUCUUGAACUUCAGCUAAAUAGCUCUAUUUGUCCUUUAGUUUUUUCUUUAUAAGGCUUUAUUGAGCACAUAUUCUGCAUGCACAAGAGUUAAAUGUAUGAAAGUUUUUAAGUUC